UCCUCUCUCGCCCUCUCUCUUUCUCUCGUCCGAAACGAACGCGGCGUUGACCCGCACCAUGGACCCGCAGCACGUCAACUUCGUGCCCGGGCUCGGCGUCGUCGACCCGUUCGGCAAGAAGCAGGGCACGCUCGCGUCCUUCACGCACGCCGUCCUCGCCACCGCCCUCUUCCGGUGCUGGCACAUCCUCCUCUUCUUCACCGUCUGGGCGACGGCGAUAUACCUCAUCAACCGCGAGGUCCACACCAUCGUCAUCCAGUCCACCCUGCUCACGGUGCUCGGUACCGUUUUGGGUUUCGUCGUGUCGUACCGGACGACGUCCAGUUUCGAGAGAUAUAACGAAGGGCGCAGGCUCUGGGGCCAGAUUGUGUUGGGCACGCGCACCUUUGCCAGAGUUGUCUGGUUCCAUGUUCCUGACACCACCGAUGGCGCCAGCAAGUCACCCGAAGAAACCAAGGCUCGCUCUCUGAUCGAGAAAAAGACGGUCAUCAACCUGCUCGAAGGCUUCGCCGUCGCCGUCAAACACUACCUCCGCGGCGAGGACGGGAUCCACUACGUCGACCUCUACCACCUCGUCAAGCACCUCCCGUCGUACGCCCUCCCCGCCGGCGUCCCGUCCGCCGCCAACCUCACCGACGAAGACAUCCUCUCCCCUCUCCCGGAAAAACCGUCGGAAGCCAACGGCCACCACGACGGCACCAGCGAGCUCCGCUCCGUCCGCUCCCGCGCCUCGUCCAACACCUCGCUCCCCAUGCCCGCCACCGCUCCGCGUGCCUCGCACCCAGGAGGAGGCCGACCGCGCAAACCCAGCGUGGCCGCCCCGCCGAUGUCUCCCCGCAGCGCCGCGAGCCGGUUCCCGACGGCGUCGAUCGGACCGGGGGAAGAGGGGUUCCUGUUGCCGGCGCGGACCCCGCCGCAGUACGGGCUGUUCGACCUCUUCCCGUUCUCGCUCCUCGUGCGCUUUCUCGACAAGAAGGGGAAGGACGUCGGUGGGAAGAAGGCGGCUCGGCUGCGGGCGAAGCGCAGGGGCCGCGAGGGGUCGCAUAACAUCCCGCUAGAAAUUUCGUUCUAUUUGAGUUCCUACGUCGCCGCCCUUCAGCAACGCAAAUGCUUAGAUCCUCCCACCAACACAACACUGCUCGCCACCCUCACGCAACUCGUAGACGCCCUCACCGGUUUAGAACGCAUCCUCACCACGCCGAUACCCUUCUCAUACUCCGUUCAUCUUUGGGUCGUUACCUCUAUUUAUUGUUUGGUCCUGCCUUUCCAAAUCGUCGGCCCGCUGGACUGGGUGACUAUUCCCGGAACGGCGAUCGUGUCUUUCUUCUUCUUCGGAUUCCUCGUUGCUGGCGAAGAGAUCGAGAAUCCAUUCGGCUACGACAAGAACGACCUCAACAUGGACCACUUCACGCACAAUAUCAUUCGCAACGAGCUGCGGGCGAUCACCGCGACGCCGGCGCCCCAAGUCUCCUCCUGGGCUUUCGCCCCGGCCAACGACCGCGUGUUCGAGGUCGAGGACCGCGUCACGCCCGAAGAAUGGGUUCGCAGGGGCACGGCCCAGAUGCAGUUCGCUCUAUCUCUUUAGAUUGUCGUCUUUUACCAUGAGGAGGGGCAUGGCAGCUUUACGCAUCUCAUGACUGGGGCCGUUUAUACACUGCAAUUCUUCGGACUGAAAAAGCAUCUCCCGCACGGCAUUUUUUUAUAUCCGCUAAUUAUAUACGCACGAAGCAGAGACGUGUAGCCAUGCACUUUCAAUUACCUGAACAUCACAUUGCCGGUAUCUAUG